CGAAUUGCUUCUCUGCUCGCUCGAGAGGAAAACAUUCUCAACAAAACUCCCCUUUCUUUAUCGACAUCUUUACCAGUACUCAUUGCAAUUCAAAAACCAUAUCUAUCACCUUUUCCAUCCAUGGAAGAUCUCUAUCGCCAUUCCUGGCAAGAUCCCCUUCUGCUCACUGACGUUUCUUGUCAGCAAUUGCAUCAUUUCAGCUCCUGCAAUGCUUGUCCCAAUCACCCAGUUUCUGAUUUAGCAUAUUCUCCAGUCCAAGAGAUAGGCCCGGAGAGAAUUUAUACUGACCCGAUUGUGGAAAAUGUAAUGAAAGAUCAUUAUUCCACAACUCCUUAUUUAAGCACCUCAAAAUUGCAAGAAAGAUGGAUCACAGACCAUAUUCAUCACGAUCCAAUUGUAGAACAUACAAUGGGAGGUUUUGAGAUCUUGGGGUUUUCACUAACGUCUCCUGAUUUGGUGAUCUGUUCUGAUUCACCGGAAAUUCUUAAACAAUGCUAUGUAGAAUCACUUGAAACUCUCGAUCCUCAUGGCUCAUUUGAAGUGUCUUUAGAUAAUGGGAUCAAUGGGUCUGAACCUAAGGAUUCUAUUGAUACAGCUGCCUCUGUAAAGUUUUCAACUUCGUUUUCUGGAUCUAAAGGUGAAUUUGAGCUUCCUCCCCCGCCAGUCAUGGAAGAGUUUUCGCCUGUCCACUUGAGCACGACAGUGAGUAUGAAUGUUGGACUGCACAAAGAAUCGGCAUGCCCACAAUUGACACAAAGCAAGCCUGAGAAGGUCGAAGAAGAUGGAGAAGAUCAAAGGCGGGAGCUGGAGAAUGAAUUCCAAGAGAAUGAACUUGAGGAAACCAAGAGGCACCUGGAGGAACUUAAAAGGCUUAAUGAACAAAAAAGUAGAGAAUGCCAAGAAGCACAGAAGGCAUUGAAAGAUCUUCAGAAUGAGCUAAUGCGCAAGUCAAUGCAUGUUGGGUCCCUAGCUUUUGCAAUUGAGGGGCAGGUAAAAGAAAAAACCAAAUGGUUUUCCACAUUGAGAGACUUGACUAGAAAAGUGAAGAUUAUGAAGAUGGACCAAAUCAAGCUAUCAGAAGAUGCUUUUUCAUUUAAGCAUUACAUAGAAGAUGUGGCUAAUAUGAGCUUUCUCAUCCAAUCUAAAAUGAAACAACAUGUUGAAUUGCAUGAAGAUCUUAAGAUCAAAUUUAUUAAAGGGGCCAAGGAACGAAAGGAGCUUUAUAACAGGGUUUUGGAGUUGAAAGGAAAUAUUAGGGUAUUCUGUCGCUGCAGACCUUUGAGUGUUGAAGAGAUUUCUAUGGGAGCUUCAAUGGCAAUUGAUUUUGAAGCUGCCAAGGACGGAGAAUUAACAGUAAAAUCAAAUGGGCUAUCUAAUAAGAAGACCUUUAAAUUUGAUGCUGUUUUCAGACCCCAAGCAGGACAAGUUGAAGUCUUUGAAGACACGGCACCGCUUGCAGCAUCCGUCUUGGAUGGAUACAAUGUUUGCAUAUUUGCCUAUGGUCAGACUGGUACUGGGAAGACUUUCACAAUGGAAGGCACCAAUGAAGCCCGUGGUGUCAACUACCGAACUCUAGAGGAACUAUUUCGCAUUAUCAAUGAGCACAAAAAUACAUUCAACUAUGAAAUAUCCGUCAGUGUGUUGGAAGUGUAUAAUGAGCAAAUACGAGACUUGUUGGUUUCUGAAACACAGUCAGGAAUGAAUACUACAAAAAGGCUUGAAAUUAAGCAAGUUGGUGAAGGAGCGCAUCGUGUUCCUGGACUAGUGGAGGCCCAAGUAAACAAUAUGGAUGAGGUAUGGGAUGUCUUGCAGACUGGCAGCCAUGGAAGGGCGGUGGGGUCUACGAAUGCCAAUGAGCACAGUAGCAGAUCACAUUGCAUUCACUGCGUGAUGGUAAAAGGGGAGAAUUUGUUGAAUGGGGAAUGCACAAGGAGCAAGUUGUGGCUAAUUGAUCUUGCUGGAAGUGAGAGAAUUGCAAAGACAGAGGUUCAAGGCGAAAGGCUGAAAGAAACACAAAACAUAAACAGAUCACUGUCUGCUCUUGGGGACGUGAUAUCUGCACUUGCCAAUAAGAGCCCACACAUCCCUUUUAGAAACUCCAAACUGACUCAUUUGCUCCAGGAUUCAUUAGGAGGAGAUUCAAAGACACUAAUGUUUGUACAAAUCAGUCCUAACGAGAAUGAUCUUAGCGAGACUCUCUGCUCAUUGAAUUUUGCCAGCCGAGUGCGAGGGGUUGAGUUAGGUCCAGCAAAAAAGCAGCUAGACAACACUGAGAUCUUGAAAUAUAAACAGAUGGUUGAGAAGAAUAAGCUAGAUAUGAAAACAAAAGAUUUCCAUGUUAAGAAGAUGGAAGAUGCAAUUCAUGGACUGGAGAUGAAAGUGAAAGAGAGAGAUGUAAAAGUUAAGAACCUCCAAGACAAGAUCAAGGAACUUGAAUCACAACUUCUUGUGGAGAGGAAACUAUCAAGGCAACACGUGGAUUCUAGAAUUGCAGAACAGCAGCAACAAUUGAGACAACAGCAUGAUGAUCAAAAUGCUGCAAGGCCUCCAUUUUCAGUCAAAACUACCCUAGCUCAAGCUAAUCUCAAUCGUCCACUUUCUGAGAACAAUAAAUACAACCACUAUGUGGCUCCCAGUCAUCUGGACGCCUUUGUUAGGCGAGAUGAUGUACCAGAAAGAGAAGACAAGGAAAACAAUCCUGGGAUGGAACACAUGUUAAUGCCAAAACGAACUGGUAGAGCAUCAUUUUGCCCAGCUCUAAAUAAAUUACCAUCUGCAUGUGCUCCACGACGGAACUCUCUAAUCCCAUUGCCGAGUGUUACCAGUCGAGCAAAGUUGACACCUUCAGUUUUUCCAUUGACACCAAUUCAAGCAACUGAGGAGGAGGAUGUUGACAAUGUUGAUGGUAAAUGCUUACCUGAACCAUUGCCAGGGGAUAGUCCUACAGACCUAAAAUUUGAAGGUAAGAAACUUAAUGAUGCGCUAAGACGAAGCAUCAACAAGAGACUUCAAUUGAAGUCCCCAAUGCUACAAACUAGAAGAGGAGUGAACGUGGGAAUUGAGAAAGUUAGAGUUUCUAUAGGAAGUAGGAGGGUUGCCCAUAGAGUAUUACUUGGGACUACUAGAAGAGUUCUAACUAAAGAAGGACAACAGAAACAAAGUCAAAGAGAAAAGGAGAGAGGGUGGAAUGCUGGAACAAAUGCAAGAGGAACAGUUUUAUGAUCUCUUUUCGUAUGUCCUUUUUAUCUUUUCUCCAAGUCUGGCUCAAAUAGGUAUUUAGGGUGAUUCAUGCUUGAAUCUGUUUUGA